AUGAAAACCUUCUUCGGCAUUGUUCUCGUUUUUGCAUUUGUUGCCACUACAUUUGCUGCAUUUGUAAGUGGACAUUUUGAUAGUAAAACGACAGUAAUCGUUGUUAAAGGGUCAUGGAAGAAGUGCACUGAACGAUGCGGACGAUGCAAGUGCAGUGCAACCAUGUAAGAACGAGAAACUACCGAACUAGAGAAACAGUCAUCAUGAUAAAUGUUCAGUGUGCCCGACAGAUCGAGCCGGUAACAAGUACGUUCCCUGUCCGUCUCCCCUCCGAGGCACGGACACUUGGCCAUGCGUCCGGUAAGCCCACGCAGCCAACCGUUAUCCAUGAAGUUUCUCAGACUAUCUGAUUUGUGCAAUACACGAAGAGACUGUCCGAACGGCGAAGACGAGAAUCCGUUCAGUUGUUUUUACCACAAAAGCGUGAGUUCAAGGUGCAUUCUCGCUUGUACUAUGCUACAGAUUUCAGCGUUUCCAAGAAAUCGACCAGCUCCGCAAGUUACUCGAAGAAAUUAAGGGCUGA